GAGCCACGCGCCAAGCAGCAGCGAUCCACUUUCGCGAAGUAUCACCAAGUGGCUGAAGCGCGGCUGCACAAGCGAUUCACGCGAGACGCACAAUGCCUCUAAUUGCGACAGAAGAGGAGGAGGGCGGACGGCUACGAGCGACUCCGAAAUUCACACAGCGCGUGGGCGUGCUCGUGGCGACGCUUGCCGCCUUUUCGAUCGGCACGUACCUGGCGUGGACGAACGUCACGCUCGUAACUCGCUUCAAGAAGGACGCAUUUGUCGUCAAGCAGAAGGUUUUCUGGGUCACCUUGCUCGUUCCUCUCGCCGCUGUCCUGGGCAUCAUGCCGGUGAGAAUGCUGGCGAACAGGUUUGGCCACAAGAGAACGAUCUGGGCGAUCACCGUACCCUUGUGCUUAAGUUGGUACAUUAUCGCAUUCGCGAAGAGCAAGAUAUGGAUUUUCCUGGCACUGUUCGCGGCCGGAGCAGCAUGCGGCGCAGCAUCCGUCGUUGUUCCCAUGUUCAUUUCCGAGAUCGCCGAGCGGAGCACCGGAGGCUUGUUUGGCGUCGCUUUUCAGUUGCAGAUCACCGCCGGGAUCCUCUUUACGUACGCCACCGCUUUCACCUAUAACCUGCCCUCCACCGCGAUAUUGUGCUCCGUGGCGCCCACUCUGCUUUUGAUCUCCUUCCCCUUCGUACCGGAAUCGCCGGCGUGGCUGGUGAUGCGAGGUCGGAAGGACGAGGCGUACGACGCGCUCAGGCGCUUCAGAGGGUGGCCUCGUUAUCGCAUCGAGACAGAAUUGACAAGGCUCGAGCUGUACGCCGCGAAGGUGCGAGUUGGCAUUUCGGAGCUGAAGAACCACCGGCGGCCGACUUGCAUCAUGCUCGGUCUGAUAAUUCUCCAGCAGUUCUCCGGCGUAACAGUCCUGCUCAUUUAUGCGAAUGGUAUCUUCAACAUCUCGAAGGUCUCGUCGCCGAGUCCCCUCGAGUCGUCGGUGAUCAUCGGUGGCGUGCAAGUAAUCGCCACCUGUUUCUCGAAUAUUAUAAUCAAAUGGGUGGAUAAAAAGUUACUGUUGUUCCUCAGCGCGUCAGUAAUGGCCACCUGCAUGUUCGUGCUGUCGGGAUACUUCCACUUUCUUGAGGACUCGCACGACCUCUCUCGCGUCUUCUGGGUCCCGGUGCUUUCGAUCGCGGUGUUCCUCGCGGCCUUCAGCCUCGGCUUCGCUUCGAUACCGUGGAUGAUAAUCAGCGAACUCUUCGACAGCAGCGUGAGGAGCGCGGCGUGCUUCGCCGGCGCGAUGUGCAGUUGGAUGUCGGCCUUCUUGGCCAUCAAAUGCUUCCAGUGUAUAGACGACCUCGUGGGAAUCUCCUCGUCCUUCGCCAUGUUCGGCAUGGUUAACUUAAUCGGCACCGUGUUUGUCUCUGCAUUGGUGCCAGCGGCAAAGAGCAGGAGCGAGGAGGAGGUCCAGAUCGAAUUGUACCUAGCUCGUAAUAGGAUCCCGGGGGAAUCGAUGAGCGAAACAUGACGGGGCAAGGUGUGCGCGAUGGAAACGCUCGACUGCGGAAGUUACGGACGCGGUCGCUGCUGAUGUCUCCAGCUAGUAGAUCCAGUAGAUAUAUAUCUCUGACGCGAACUCUGUAACGCGUCUCUCCAUAAACCCUCGCGUUUCCCACCAAUUAACUCGGAUUCAACACCAGAAGAUCAGCAUGGCCUCGAGGACUUUCGGCAACGAGGCAUUUCACGAGGUGUCCUCUGAUAAGCUGUAGCUGUAGGAAAUUGUGACAGGUGACUCUAGAAAGCACCUUUGUCCAAGCUCCCGUGUGUACUAUGUGGCGAAAGUGCUCUACACACGUCUACUUGCUGCUUUGAAGCCCGCUCAAAGUCUCAGUUUUAGCCGCGCAACGCGAAUCAAGCCUCUCGCGAAGGGAUUUUCGAAGCGCCAUGAUUUCGGCUGGGCCUGACGAAUUCCACGUAGCGCGCGGAAGCUUAACUCAUAUUAAAUCGGUGAUACGCGAUUCCGGGAUAGCUGGGCGUAAUGGGGCGGGACCGACCAUUGAUCGGGAAUCCGUCAACCGGCGGUGGACCAUUACCGGCGCAUAAUUGAAUUCCCACCAACGCGCCGCGGUUCAUAAUGUUGGCGAGUGGGAUCUUUUUACGGCGCGAUUCAAGCGAGUUAAGUGCUACCGCGGCCGAGCACCUCUUCGCCGUGGAAUAAUGGACACCGGGACAAUCGUAGUAAAUCCUGAUGUAUUCCCACAGUCGAAGCGCAUCAUGAGCGCGUAUAUGAAAAUAAAAACAAAGAGCUUGCGAAAGUUAAAUUAUAAUUGACUACCUGCAGGCACUGUAACAAACGGAAGCCUCUGUCGGCUACGGUGAUGCGAUUGUACGUACUUCGAAAGGGGCGUUCCUCUCCGACGUUGACCUCUCGUUGACCUGGGCGUCACGCGGCUGGUGGAUAACGAGGGCUCACGUGUCCGUUCGUACGUAUUCACAUAUUUUAUUCUCAUACCGUUUCUUAUACGAUAUUUAUACGAUAUACAUAUCACAUAAUACACGAAUCACGCAUUGAAGUCGAUCGGCCGUCUCGCCGCCCCCUCUCGCCGAGAUGUAGAAACCUAGCUAAAGGACAACCAUCUACGUAAGGGGAUGACGGAUCCGAAUCCUUCCGCGCGAGCGU